CACGCGUGUUGUAGGUUGGGUGUAGUCCGUGUAGUUCGUUACAAUUCGGAUCGGAGUAGUCAUGUCAAGGGUGUUGUCCGUGCGCGAUUGACUCGAAAAAAAGACUCCAAGGAAAAAUGUGGCUCCAGCAUUAUGCGUUAUUACUGACUCUGUGCUGUUUAGCGACAUGUCAAAAUUACGGUCAACGCCCCAACAACACAGUCACUUGGUGUACAGUUUCCGAGAGCGAACAGAACAAAUGUAUGGCCUUGUCCAGAGCGGUUGAUCGCGAGAUAGGCUCCUUUGGCUAUAACUACUUUUCAGUGAAAUGCAAUCAGGCCUUCAACAAGGAAGAAUGUAUGACCAUGCUGGACCGCGAGAUUGCACAGAUAACAACACUGGAUGCUGGAGAGGUCUUCAUAGCUGGGCGAUACCACAGUCUGGUACCAAUAAUGCAGGAAAUAUAUGAAAGUGGUGUAAAUUUUCAAUAUGCUGUCGCAGUGAUUAAGAAAGGCUCUCUCACAGAUGUACACAAUCUGUAUGAUCUUAGAGGCAAGAAGGGCUGUUUUGCUGGUGUUGGGACACUAGCCGGCUGGGUUGUUCCUAUUAACAAUCUUAUGAAGUAUGGAGGAAUGGAAGUUAUUGACUGUAACAAUCAUGUAAAGUCAACGAUUAAAUUCUUUGGACCUAGUUGUGCAGUGAACUCACUAAUUGAUAAAUAUAAUCCACUUGGUGACAACUCUGACCAGUUGUGUAGCCUGUGUAUUGGAAAAGUGCCUGGUGGCAAGUGUACAAAUCAAGAUCCCUACGCGGGAUACGAGGGGGCUUUUCGCUGCUUGGUUGAAGCGGGUGAAAUUGCCUUUUUGGUGCAUACGACUGUGCAAGAAAUGACUUCGACAACAUUUGACUUUAGUUCCGUGAAGAAGGAGCAAUUCGAACUGCUGUGCAAAGAUGGUACACGCAGACCCGUGGAUGAUUAUAGAAAUUGCAAUUGGGACACUGUACCAUCCCGCGCAAUAGUCACGUCUUCAGCAACCAAUUUUGAAGUACGUCGAAAGUAUCAAAGAUUUUUGGAGAAGGCCGUCCGGAUACUGCACAAGAAUAGAAACGACACGACAGGCUUGAAUCGUUUCGACAGCAAUCAAGACUCCAAUCGUUUCGACAGCAAUCAGGACGUCAAUCGUUUCGACAACAAUCAGGGCUUCAAUCGUUUCGACAACAAUCAGGAUUCCAGUCGUUUCGACAACAAUCAAGGCUUCACUCGUUUCGACAACAAUCAGGAUUCCAGUCGUUUCGACAAUAAUCAGGGCCUCAAUCGUUUCGACAACAAUCAGGGUUUCAAUCGUUACAACAAUAAUCAAACCUUUACUCGUUUUGAUAAUAAUCAAGAAGGUUUCGAGAACCGUCCGGGUUAUAAUAGAUUUGGGGAGAGUGAUAUGUAUAAUAGAAGCGGAUUUAGAAAUCCGAACGAAUAUAACACAGAUGGUUGGGAUCGUAACGCAUAUGAUCGAAGCUUUGGCGGCGGCGGUGGCAGUGGCGGAAGAGGAUUCAACUCGUGGGAUAGACCCGCGAUUAAUGAUACAUUCGAUUAUUAUAACAGAGAAAGAGAUGGCACUGAACAUACAAACAUACAACCAAUAGAAAUGUUCGAUUUAUAUGAAUCUGCGCCUAGAUACGGAAAGCAGCAUAAUUUAAUGUUCUCUGAUUCUGCUCGCGAUUUUGUACAACUAGCUGAAAAAGAUCAAACAUAUAGUGGGUAUUUAGGAAGAUCUUUAGAUCAUGUGUUAGGCGUACGUCACUGUCCUGUAAAUCGGAUGACAUUAUGCGUUACAUCCGAUCCAGAAAUGGAAAAAUGCGUAAAGAUGAAGAUCGCUUUAAAAGCCCAGCUCUUGAAACCAGAAUUACUUUGUCAUAGAGGUCACAGCCAAAUAAAUUGUAUGCAAUUGAUAAAGAGCGGGAUUGCCGAUGUAACCGUACUAGAUGCCAGUGAUGUCUACACCGCUGGACUGCGGUUCGAACUGAUACCAUUUAUAUCCGAAAUUUACAAUUUGGCUACACCGGACUAUUACGUUGUCGCCGUCGCAAAGGAGGAGGACGACAAUACGGAUCUGACGUACCUCAAGAAUAAAUACACUUGCCACACUGGAAUCAACUUGGCUGCGGGAUGGGUUUACCCGCUGGCGUAUCUCAUCUCCAAUAAGUGGAUUAGAGGAUACGGUUGCGAUUCUGUGCGCGCUGCCGCCGAAUACUUUAGCAAGUCUUGCGUGCCAGGCGCGCUCAGCACCGAAUAUAACACAGGCGUGCCUUACGAUAACAUGUGUGACUUGUGUCAUGGAGUAAGCUAUCGAUAUUGCCGAAGAGAUGCUUCCGAAGAUUACUUUGGGUAUACAGGUGCCUUUAGAUGCCUAGUGGAAGGAGGCGGCGACGUAUCCUUCGUGAAACAUACGACGGUCGCAGAGAACACCGAUGGCAAGCGCAAAGAGUUUUGGGCGCGCAAUACCUUCACAAAAGAUUUCGAGUUGCUCUGUCCGGACGGUACGCGCCGUCCAACGGCAGAUUACGUAAACUGUAAUCUAGGAAAAGUUGCCGCUAAUGCUAUAGUUACGCGCGGUGGUUAUUACGGUUACAACGAGACUCAAAUCAACGCAUAUAUCAAUUUAUUUAUAUACGCACAACAGUUCUACGGCCGAAAAGAGCAAGACGAGUUCAGUUUCAGCAUGUAUUACAGUCCAUCGCCUUACAGCGAUCUCAUUUUUCAAGAUGCCACUCAGCAGUUGGUGGUGAUCCCGCCGAACAAGCGGGAAUACAGUGCGUACCUCGGGCCAGAUUUUAUGAGAGCCAGGAGAAUCGUAGAUUGUAACGCAGGCGCAUCUGCAUUAAGCUACUCGUUCGCUACGAUAGUUAUGAUCGUGUUUACUUUUACAUUUGGUAGAUAAGUGUCGCGUGUGCGAUUUGCACGUUUUUAUAUUUAAAUGAGAAUUCGUAUUGAUAUUACAAACGAAAAAUAGAGAUCUGACAAAAGAAUCUGAUACAGCACGAUUUAUUAAUUGGUUAGAGAUAUUAUAUUUAGUAAUAUUUUAUCGCUGCUAAGUAUCGCAAUAUUAUCAAAGAUAUAUUCUAAAUAUCAAUCAAAUUGUUUUAUAUAUACUUUUACACGUAUAUAUUUUUAUAAAAGUACAAAUGACUGAGAGAUGGAGUUGAAUAUAUAAAUUUAAGCACGAUUGCUGCCUUCGCGUCCGUCCAACGGAGCCAUAUCUCUAAGCCUAUCCGUCCAAAUACAAUAAACGUAUUGAUUUGAUAAUUUUUUUAAGGAUUAUUGUAUUAUAUUUAAUAAUUUGAUAUAUGUACAUUUUAUACCGUCCACUAAUGUUUUUGUAGUAAUAAAUCUUUAUAUAAGGUU